CGAUUGAACCUCUCAGUCCUCAGCAGUCCAUCUACCUCGUGUUGUCGGCCACCAUGGCACCUCUUAUCCCAUCGCAGGAGGAGCUUGAUCGCAGAAGGAUCGUCGGUAUCAAUCCAGAGACCGUCACCAAUAUCCCCUCCACAGAUUUUCCCGGUCACUGGCCCGGCGAAUCGCAUGAAUGGAAUUUGGAAAAAUUCAGAGAUGGCUUCCGAGUCGAGUUUCAUCGCAAUGACCCAUUCGAAUCCUCCUUCUCCUUGAUUGGACUUGAUGCCUCCAUCGCAAAUGCUUUCCGUCGAAUUUUGAUGGCUGAAGUACCCACCCUGGCCAUCGAGUACGUUUUCGUUCACAACAACACUUCCGUUAUACAGGACGAAGUUCUCGCUUCGCGAUUGGGUCUGAUUCCGUUGAAAGGCUCACACCCCGCCGACUACAACACCAUCGUGCUACGCUUGGAUGUUGAGUGUACUGAGAACCCCAACGCUGCUCCGGGCGAGGACGACCCUCGCAAACUUUACAAGAACGCACACGUCUAUGCUAAGGAUAUCACCUUCCAUCCAGUUGGACGUCAGGAACAGUUCUUCACUGGCGACGGUGCAAUUCAGCCCGUCAAUCCUGAUAUUCUCAUCGCAAAGCUACGUCCAGGACAGAAAAUCGAUAUGGAGUUGCACUGCAUCAAAGGGAUCGGAGCUGAUCACGCCAAGUUCUCGCCCGUGGCUACCGCGACAUACCGUCUCAUGCCAGACAUCAGGACUCUCCGCCCUAUCAUCGGUGAAGACGCCAAGAAAUUCGCCAAAUGCUUCCCCAAGGGAGUUAUUGAGCUCGAGCCCGUUACGUCGAGGGAAGCCGCGCAGAAAGGAAGCGAAUAUGAGGGUCGCGCAGGCGAGAUGAAGGCCGUGGUUCGUGACCCCUUCAAGGAUACCGUCAGCAGAGAGUGUCUGCGACACGAAGAAUUCCAGGGCAAGGUGAAGCUGGGCCGCAUUCGCGAUCACUUCAUUUUCAACGUUGAGAGCACUGGCCAGUUUGAAAGUGAUUAUCUUUUCCUAGAAAGCGUGAAGGUGCUCAAGUUGAAAUGCGCGAGAUGGAAGCGAGGCUUGACAGAUCUCAUGCGGUAAUGACAUUCGUGCGGCCUGUCCCAACAAUUUUCGAAGUAUAUAAUGCAUUAGCCGGCGUUGGUUUUCGUUAUCUCUGUGCUUCUUGUACAUCUACGAAAAAGUUGGUCAAAACCUCCUUUACGACGUCAGGAGUCUGCGUGGGGUUCUUCUUCAGAUAAUAGAAAUGCAGCUAUUAUUUCUUCAAGUCGCUGUGUGUCUUUCUGGCAAUGUACUCUAUCGCAUAUCGUCGUAACGCAACCGUGUCCCAUUCA